AUGGCAAAGAAAGCAGCUCCUGUAAAAAAAGUGAAUCAAAAGCAGAUCAAGCGAGCUCAAGAAAAAGAUGACUUGACUACACUCGAGUCAAAAGCUUGUCAACCUGAAAACUACAAGGAUUGCAAAUUAUUUGAAGAAUUGCCCAUUUCAGAAAAAACAAAGAGAGGAUUAACUCUAUCCAAUUUCAAAAUGAUGACCGAGAUUCAACGAAAGGGCAUUCCCUUAGCCUUGGCCAAACGAGAUGUCCUUGGUGCAGCCAAGACAGGCAGUGGCAAAACACUUUCCUUUCUUAUUCCAGUCUUGGAAAUUCUCUUUCGUCAGCAAUGGAAUUCAGCAGACGGUUUAGGAGCACUUAUUAUUUCACCCACUCGAGAGCUCGCCGUUCAGAUAUUCGAGGUACUGAAAAAGAUUGGCAAGAACCAUACGUUUUCAGCUGGUUUGAUCAUUGGUGGAAAAGAAUUCAAGGUCGAACAAGAACGCAUCAGUCGGAUGAACAUCUUGGUGUGUACACCUGGUCGAUUAUUGCAACACAUGGAUCAGUCAGCUGGAUUUAUCUGUGACAAUUUACAAAUAUUGGUACUGGAUGAAGCCGAUCGUAUCAUGGACAUGGGAUUCCAAAACACAAUGAAUGCCAUCAUUGACAACUUGCCCAAACAACGACAGACAUUGAUGUUUUCCGCCACUCAAACACGAUCUGUCAAGGACCUAGCUCGUCUUUCCCUCAAGGACCCUGAGUACGUCGCGGUUCAUGAAAAGGCUGAAUACAGUACGCCCAAGACACUAUCACAGCAUUACGUCGUGGCUGAGCUGCACCAAAAGCUUGAUAUUCUCUAUUCAUUCAUCAAGACUCACUUAAAGACAAAGAUGAUUGUGUUCCUGUCGAGUUGUAAACAGACUCGAUUUGUCUAUGAGUCGUUCUGUAAGCUUCAACCUGGUAUACCCAUCAUGCACUUGCACGGUAAACAAAAACAGACAAAACGUGUCGAGAUCUUUAAGCGGUACACGUCCAGUCAACAUGCGCUCUUGCUCUGUACAGAUAUCGCCGCCCGUGGUCUCGAUUUUCCUGCUGUCGAUUGGGUCGUUCAGUUAGACUGUCCCGAGGACGCCGAGACGUAUAUUCAUCGUGCAGGUCGUACGGCUCGAUUUGAUGCAGAAGGCCAUGCCUUGCUCAUCUUGGUGCCCUCAGAGGUAGAAGGUAUGAUCGAAGAGCUCAAAAAGAAGCGUGUGCCAAUCGAGGAAAUCAAGAUUAGAACAAGCAAACAGCAGACAAUUCAAAAGCAGUUGCAGAGCUUCUGUUUCCAAGACCCAGAGAUAAAAUACCUCGCACAAAGAGCCUUCGUGGCUUACAUGCGAUCGAUUUACCUUCAAAAGAACAAAAAAAUCUUUGAUGUCAAUGCUUUGCCUGCUGAAGAAUUCGCACACUCCCUUGGUCUGGCUGGUGCGCCCAAGAUCAAAUUUGUCAAGAAGGCAGAAAAGAAAAAGAUGGGUCCAGUGAAGGAAGAAGAAAGUGAGCAAGAACAAGAACAAGGCGAUGUCAAGACCAAGUACGAUCGUAUGUUCCAACGAAAGAAUCAAGAUAUCCUUUCAGAGCAUUAUCAUAAGCUGGUUGAUUACGAGAGUGAUAAGCUCAACGUGCAUGAAGAUGAGGACGAUGAGGACUUUUUGACAAUCUCCCGUAAAGAUCAUGCAUUGGAAAGUGAUGAAGAAGAAGAUAUUACAGGAGUAGCACAAGAGAAUAUAUCCAAGCGAAAGCAAAAGAUGACAAAGAAGGAUAGGAUCAAGAAUAUGCCUCGUGGUGAAAAGAUUGUUUUUGAUGAAGAAGGAGAAGCACACGCUUUAUAUGAACUUGCUACUGAGCAAGAUUUCUUGAAGGAAGGCGACGUUAAGGAUCAAAUCAAGGCAUUUAUAGAUGAAAAGGGACAAGAAAUGCAACAGGCUGAUGUUGAAGACAAAGAGCUUGUGAAACAAAAGAGACUCGAAAAGAAGAUUAAGCGAAAGGAAAGAGAGAGAGCAGAAAGAGAAGAAAUGGAAGGAAUAGAAGGACAUGAAGAAGAUGACGAAGAGAUGGGAGAAUCUGAAGAAGAAGAAGAAGAAGAAAGUGAAGAAGAAAGUGAAGAAGAGAGCGAAGAAGAGAGUAGAAAGAGAUCUUAUGACAGUGAAGAAGAAGAAGAAGAACAUAUAAACAAGAAGAGAGUCAUUGAUGUAGAAGAACCAUUAACAUUAGAAGACCAAGAAGCUCUUGCACUGAAGCUCUUGGGCAACUAA